AUGCAGUUGCAGAGCAAUAUCUUCGCCAGCCUGGAUGAGACCCUGCUGGCCCGGGCCGAGGCUCUGGCGGCCGUCGACAUCGCCGCUGUCCAGGGCAAGAGCCACCCCUUCAAGCCGGACGCCACCUACCACACCAUGAACAGCGUGCCGUGCACUUCCACCUCCACCGUGCCGCUGCGCAACCACACCAACCACCACCACCAUCACCACCAGGCGCUGGAGCCGGGGGAACUGCUGGACCACAUCACCCCGUCGCUGGCGCUCAUGGCCGGCGGCGGGGGGCACGAAGGGGCCGGCGGGGGCGGCGGCGGAGGCGGAGGGGAGGCGGCGGCGGCGGCAGGCGGCGGCGGGGGGGGGUUGAUCUCAACUUCGGCCCACCCCCACUCGCACAUGCACGGCCUGGGCCACCUGUCGCACCCGGCCGCCAUGAACAAUGCCCUCGGGCCUGCCCCACCGGGGCUGGUGGCCGCUCACCACGGCGCGCGGGGCCAGGUGGCCUCGGCGGUGGUGGGGGCGGCCGGCCUGGCCUCCAUCUGCGACUCGGACACGGACACCCGCGAGCUGGAGGCAUUCGCCGAGCGCUUCAAGCAGCGGCGGAUCAAGCUGGGCGUGACCCAGGCCGACGUCGGGCUCGGCCAUGGCCAACUGAAGAUCACCGGGGGCUCGCUGAGCCAGAGCACGAUCUGCCGCUUCGAGUCGCUCACCCUGUCCCACAACAACAUGAUCGCGCUCAAGCCAUCCUGCAGGCCUGGCUGGAGGAGGCCGAGGGGCGCCCAGCGCGAGAAAAUGAACAAGCCCGAGCUCUUCAACGGGGGCGAGAAGAAGCGCAAGCGGACUUCCAUCGGCCCGGAGAAGCGCUCCCUGGAGGCGUACUUCGCCGUGCAGCCCCGGCCCUCCUCCGAGAAGAUCGCCGCCAUCGCCGAGAAAUUGGACUGAAAAGAAACGUGGUGCGGGUUUUGGUUUUGCAACCAGAGACAGAAGCAAAAAAGGAUGAAAUUUUCCGCCACCUACUAA